AUGUGGGCUAUUUUGCAUGACAAACUAUUAAGCAUCUUAAUCCCAGGUUUGUUCAGUUUUAGCCUCCUCGCUGUGGCAAUUGGGACCGAUUACUGGUACAUCAUCGAUGUGAAUAAACCCAACCACACAGGUCCAGACGACCUGAGUUCACAUUCUGGACUGUGGCGAAUUAAUGAAGGAGCUAACAGGAGUUCGGUCAUCCCUUCUUUCACAGCAAACACGUCCAGCCUGUCAGAGGCAGAAAGGCACCUUCUUAGCUUACACAGGGUGGUGGUCAUUGUGUUUCCCCUCAGCCUGGUCCUCCUGGUGUUUGGCUGGAUCUUUGGACUCGUCAGUUCAUUGGCCUGCAGCCCAAACUUGCUGGCCGGAUCAGCAUUCUACUGUCUCUUCUGCAGUUUUUUUACCUUGGCCGGCAUCUGCAUCUACAUCAAAUACUCAAACCAGGCCAUGGAGGAGUUUCAGCGUGUCGUAUCCCCAGAGAACCUUGCUUACGUGGAUGUUUCUUUCGGCUGGUCCUUAGCCACGGCCUGGCUCUCCUACAGCCUGGAGGUGGCCACUGGUCUGUUGCUCAUGCUAGCUGCCAGACUAAGUCAAAUGAAAGGACAUUAUGACUCUGGUGUGACCAUUGCCAUGUUGUAGACCCGUGUAUUCUGGUGUCCAAACUAAAAUGAUUGCUGUAAAAUUAAUCUCGUAGAAUAGCACUGUAGUCUAACAGCAGGUCAAGGGCUAAGACCACAAAGUGUAGAUGCACCUUGGCUUUACACUUCUGCAGCCACACAUGGACACAUAGAUGUUUAUUAAGUGAAAAUCUGUGUCUUCAUUGUUUUGCCUGCUACCUUUCAUCCUCCCAGCAUUAUUUUCUGUCCAUUUUCUCAGCAUUGAUGUCAGAAAUGUGCCAUGCAAACAUAAACAAAACAGACUAACCAUUCACAGAGUCAUUAAUGCAGAGAUUAUCAGUAUUUCUGACAGUAUUUCAUUUAAAAACUGACCUGAAGAGGACUUCUGUGCCUCCAUUAUACCUACACCUUAUAUUGUAUUUGAAAUGUCUAACACCAGUUCAGGAUAUUUCAUUCAAUUGAAAAGAUUCCUGAUUCUGCACUAGAAAAGCACCAGGCACCGGAGCUAUAGCACAGAGUAGAAGUGGAAAUGUUCCUUCUAUUUCAUAAUGAAACUGUUGCUGCGCUGUUGGUCUGUGCGCCUCCACAGCCUCCACACAUUCCACAGCUUUUGAAAAGCAGUUUGCAUGUGUUCGAUGUAAAGGUUAAGACAGUGUUGGCUGCUUGCUAAUGUGACAUUGAGAGAAACAUCUAAAGUGUUAGUUUUUGGUUACUGCUUAAAGAUGUAUGUACCUAUAAGUGUGCUCUCUGGGAUCCUGCUGUUUUCAGCAGUGCAGAAUAUGUACCAGUGUUAGUUACUGACUAGAUAUCUAAUAGUUUGUCUGUGCUGUCCAAAGCAAAGCUCUCCUUUCUGCACACUGAAAGUAAAAAGGUCUCAGUGAAAAUACAGCAUUUAGCACUUUGUAAUUCUGUAUGAUGUAUUGUGUUGUGUUCCCUUUUCACGACUGUAACAAAUCUCACUCAUGCUUUUAUAACUGAUCAGCUUUUUAUUGUCAACUGUGACAGAAAAGCAAUGAACCAUCAAUCCAUCUGUAGUGUGAAUAGGCAACUAGAAAAAGAAUACAUUGAUCAAAUGCUUUUUAAAUGUCAGUGACACAGUCUGACUUUAUAAUCAAAUGUCAUGAAUGUCCUGAAGAUUUCUGUGUUGUGAGACAAUAAGAUCAUCUGAAACAUCAUGAUGCUAUGCUCACUCUUAUUUUGUGUUUGUAAUACAAUUCUGAGACAACAACACCAAGCCGCUGUGCCUUACACGUUAAAGAUUGCCUGCCUCUGAAUGUUUUGUAAAUGAAGCACACCAGGAGGCAGGGCAUACAGAAGCACUCGUGUAAAGAAUUGCAGUAGAUAAAGGAGCCUCGGAAGGAUUCAAAAG